AUGUUUUUACACGAUCAUAACAUGCAAACGAAUGCAGAUACCGUUACUUUUAAGAAUAUGCUCGACGCACCACUUUCUUUGCAAGAAGCAUCAGACUUUUUAGAAGAAUUAUGUUCUGACGACGAGAGCGGAGCUCCAGCUAAUGCGCAAGCACUAUAUAUUCAGCCACCCCGUAUUGAGGGGGAUUUAAGUGGCGAAGAUUCAGGUGACGAGGAUGGUGGACUACAAGACAAUUUAUGCCCAGCGCAGCUAAAGUCAGCUAACAAAGAAAGAAAUUUCACCUGGCGUACCACUAAUUCGAUGGCAGUUUUUCCCAUUUUCCCUGAAGCAAAUUAUGAAGACUGUCGAGGACUUAGUCCUCAUGAACUAUUCGAAAAGUUUUUCAACGAUGAUUUGCUUGAACACAUAUGCAAAUGUUCAAAUUUUUACGCUACUCAUCAUCAAAAACGGUAUGAAGAACUGAAUGUGGGAGAACUGCGUGUGUUCAUUGGGAUUUUGAUUAUGACUGGUUACAAUCAAACAGGGUCCUUUCGCGAUAUGUGGAGUAACUAA